AUGACUGUCAAAGUGGCUGUUGUCGGAUGUGCUCAUGGAGAGUUGGAUCAGAUUUAUCGAGAUAUUACAGAAUCUGGGAAGGAAGUGGACCUUCUUUUAUGUUGUGGAGAUUUCCAAGUGAGCUUUCAAAGUGAAUUGUUUACAUUUCAUUGGUUUAGGCAAUUCGAAACCAAUCAGAUCUCCAUCAUUUACAUUGUCCGGUUCAUUAUCGUCAUAUUCGCACAUUUUACAAGUAUUACUCAGGUGAAAGGGUAACUGUCUUAGUUCAUUUUUCUACGUUAAGGUUUAGGUUGCACCAGUAUUAACAGUUUUCAUCGGUGGAAACCAUGAGAGUUCAGCAUUUAGUCAAGAACUUCCUCAUGGAGGUUGGGUGGCCCCAAAUAUUUAUUACCUUGGCUUUGCAAGUGUGAUUCGAUUUGGAGGAUUACGGAUUUGUGGAUGGAGUGGGAUUUACAAACAAAAUGAUUAUGGAUACAGUAAGAUCAAAGAUGCCCGAUUAAACUUUCUAGAUCAUUACGAAGCCCCUCCCUUCCCCGAUGGACAACAUGUUUCGGCAUAUCAUGUCAGAGCCAUCGAACAUUUUCGAUUGCAACUUCUUAAGUCCCCUGGUGGUAUGUUUAAUAAUAAUGCCGUGUCUUCGUUGGUGAUACUGCUGAUGUCGUGCCUUUUAGGAUCGGCAGUCGACAUUUUUAUGACUCAUGAUUGGCCGAAUGGAAUCACAAAAUAUGGACAGGAAGAACAGUUAUUACGGUUCAAACCUUAUUUUAGGGUAGUUGUUUUCAUUCAAGAUUAAUUUUACCCUAGCCGGAUAUUGAACGAAAUCAGUUGGGGAACUGUCAUUCCAUGGAUUUAAUACGGAAACUGAAGCCUCGAUAUCACUUUUCUGCUCACUUGCAUGCAUUCUUUGAAGCUACUGUACCACAUGAAGAGGGAUGCCAGACUAAAUUCACAGCUCUCAGCAAAUGCGCCCACAAGAUAAAAACCCCAAAUUAUUUAUCCUUCUUUCACAUCGAGCCUUCUGAAGAUGGAGAGAAGGUUUUGAGUUACGAUGCUGAUUGGCUGGUCGUCCUCAGGAAUACCAAAUCGUUAGAAUGUACGAAGAAAGCGUUCAGUAAUAUUCCAAAUGAAAUUGAUGGAUUUACGGUUAACGAGGAGCAGAAACAAUCAGUUCUCCAUAUCUUUAAUGGGGAUUUAAGGAUCCCCUUGAACUUCAAAAUGACCGCUCCUCCAGAGUCCGCCGUUCAGGGCAAUCUUUACGGUCAGAUGGCAUUGUAUUACAGGUAACCGUAAUAUUACUGGAUUAAACAGAUUCGUUUAGAAACCCCCAAACUCGGGAAUUCUGUGAGAAACUCCAAAUCCCCGAUUGGAAUGAGAUGAUGUGUAAAUUGCAUGAAGAAGCAGUAGGAAUUCCGUAUUAUGCUCAUCUCAAUGAUCAAUCCGAGGUCUCCAAAACCGAUGAGAUUUCUUUGGAUGAUGAUGACUUGGUAUGUUGAGGAAGGGGACUCUUCGUCCGUGUUGGGUCACGGUAUAAUAAACAACUGCCUUCAGUUUGGCGACGAUGAAUUGAUUGAAGAUGCCACUCCUCAAAAUCGGUCAAAACGGGAGCAUAGAGAGGAAGAGGAUGAUGCCGAAGAGGUGGAGACCAAGAAAUCCAAAAACUAA